CUUUUAGUCAUUUGAAAUUUGAUUAACCAGUCAUGAAGAGACUUAAUUUGAUUUUUACUGUACUUUUAAGUUUUUAUUUUUGUGCAAUCAAUGCUCAAAAUGAUGGUAGAUAUAGACCUCCAUCUACACCACGAUCCUUAUUAACGAUUCCUAGAAACAGAGGAUUAGCUGAUGGAAGAUACCGUGGUGGUGGUGAUGGUAAAUAUCGUGGUGGCAAUGAUGGUCGUUAUGUUCCUGAUGAUUUAGGAAAAUAUACCCAUAAAGAUAAUCCAGGUGGACAGUAUUCUGGAGGUGGUGGACAAUACACUGGAGAUGGUGGACAAUAUAGUGGAGGAGGUGGACAAUACAAUGGAGAUGGUAAUAAUGGUGGUUCAACUAAUGAAACAUCUCCUCCUACUCGAAAACCUACUACUACUACUACAACUACAACAUUAAAACCAAGAGUUGUAGUUCCAGUUGCAAGUGAUCAAGGUGGUUGGAAAAUAAUACAGGAUGUAAGGGAAGAAAAUGAAGAUGGCUAUCAUUAUUUGUUUGAAACAGAAAAUAAAAUUUUAGCAGAAGAACGAGGUCAAAUUGAAAAAUUAACAGAAGAUGAUGGUUUACGUUCAACUGGAUUUUAUGAAUAUGUUGGUGAUGAUGGACAAGUUUAUCGUGUUGAUUAUGUUGCUGAUGAUAAUGGUUUUAUACCAAGAGGUGAUCAUAUUCCAACAACUCCACCACAUGUUAUAAAAUUACUUGAAUAUUUGGCAUCACAAAAUAAGCUUUAAUGUUUUAAAAUAUUAAAAAUUUUGUUUGGCAGAUUGAUUUGAAAAAAAAACCGUAUUUAAUAUAUAACAAAAUGCUACGUAUAACAACAAAUUUAAAAAUUGAUGUAUAACAAUUAUAAUUGUUAUAAAAUUUAUUAGAAUAAAAAUUAUUUACUAGUCAAUCAUUACAUUUUU